AUGGUCCCACGCACAGCACUGCAAAUGCGGCUGCCGAUACAGGGGUUAAAGCCAGCCGCGCGAUCAAACCACUUCCUCCGGACCCAGCGCCUUCAACUUCAAUCACGAAGAACAUACGCCGAGAAAGCAGCGCCAGUGCGAUCGGACCAGCCUCGAGACUGGACGAGCAGGUUACCUCUGAUCCUCCUCGCCGGCGUGGCAGCAUACCUCCCGUUCUACUACCUCUCGCACACAGACAAGCCUGGCGCAAGCGAGAACGCCAAGAUGACAGAGGCGAGGAGACAGGGCAAUCCGGCGAACGAGCGCCGCGACCCGAGGGAUAGUUCGGUCAAAACGAUAGAGCAGAAGAGAGAGCGAGACGGGGUGGACCAUAGGAGUGAGGAGAGGAAGAGGGCCGAAGGCUGA